AUGAGUGGAGCAGCGACGUCGUUGUCGCCGUCGUUGCGCUCGAUGGCCGGGAGCUUCGUAGGCCCAGGCGAGAGCCUCACGGUGGACUUGCUGGUGGGCAUCCGUCCUCCUCCUGGUUUGUCGGAAGAAGGCUCUUCUUUUCCAGGUGCCGGCACGGAGCCAUGGAUUAGCAGCGACGAGGGACACGAGUGCUUCUUGUGCCGCUGCUGCCACAAUGGGCGGGUAAAGCCCGACAAGAAGCAGCGGGCCACCGUGAAGUCCAUGAGCGAAGCACAGCUUCUCGAUUUGCUCUUGGCGCAGCUCUCCAUGCGUGCUCAAGAAGCAGGUCGUUUCGACACCCUCUUCCCGGUUCUGCAGGCGAUCCACCGUCGUCUGUCAGUCUCAUCGGCAGGCGAGUCCAACAUAUCCGGUGCGUCGCUGCGCAACUUGGAAAAGGUGAUGUCAAAGAUGAGCUGCCAGCAGAUGAUCUUCUUCGCCAAAAAGAACCCGAACACGGACCCUGGCCUUCUACAAUUGGUGAUGGACCGGUUGACAGGCAGCAGUGCGAACACGCCCAUGAGCUUCCCUGGUUCCUCCGUCUGGCUGUGUGCCGGGGCCGUCGCUACUCGACCUCUGACUGCUGGGGAGCUUUUGGCUGAGGAGGAGCCUCUGCUGCAGUGGUCUGGUGAAGAUCAGGACCAGUUGCAGCAGCUUUUCGAUGCGCUGCCGCUUGACAAGCAGCGUGCAAUGAUGGAGUUGCAGGACAGCUUUGCAGAUCAAGACUCAGAGAAAACGCUGCUCGGCGUAGCCUGCACAAAUGCUUUCACCUUCCAGAACGAAGAGGAAGAGCGUUGCCUGUAUCUGGAGAUCAGCCGCUUCAAUCAUUCCUGCCGCCCGAACUGUGAAGGAAGCUGGGACGAGCGGCUAGGCGUGCUGCAAGUCUACGCCUGUGAGGACAUCCCAUCAGGAGAUGAGCUGUGUCUCUUCUACACAGAUGUUCGCAAACCACGCCAGCUGCGGCAGGAGAAACUACAGACACUGGGCUUCACGUGCGCCUGUCCAGUGUGCCGUGGUGCAGAUCCCGCCAGCGACCGGCGCCGCGAACGUCUCUGGCAGCUGGUCGAGGAGAUACCCAGCUGCGAGGAUCCCGAGGAGGCUCUCGACCUGGUUCGGGAAAGCUUUGAGCUCUCGGACGAGGAGGGGCUGAACAUCUCCUGCUUCCGAGAGGUAACAGCCUACCAGGCUUACACGUCGUGCCUCUCCAUGGGACGCACAGAGGAGGCUGGCAAGUGGGCCCAGCGAGCGUACGAGUUUAGCCUGAAGGGCCACGGCCCUUACCACGCCACGACCAAAAUCAUCAGCCGCCACGCCAGUCGAUAUCGAAGCUGA